CUGUGAUCCAGUUCCUCUUCUGGAGUCUCUGAAUCCAGACAAUUUGACAAUCAAGAUUAACUGACAAUUAAGAGGCUCCUUGUAUGCUGAAAUAGCCCUUAAAGACCAUCUCACCUCUUCUUUACAUGCAUCUCACACAGUCAAAACCAAGUAGCCACAAAAGUCAAAUGGAAUCAGGUGGAACAAAACUUGUACGCGGUGACUCCCUUAUCAUGAACCCAGCGAGACAAAAAGGAAAGGGAUAUUUCUUUAUUUCUCUGGCCUUUGUCAAAGCCUGAAGUCUUUGGAGUCCGUUGUAGAAAAUCGUUUAUUCCCCUGUUUUGCCGAGGCAUGGUCGUCUUCAACAUUCUCUUUUUCCCCAGGGACUAGAGACAUGUGGCGAGCCUACCGGGACAUGAGAGAAGCCAAUUACAAAAAUUCAGACAAAUACUUCCAUGCCCGGGGGAACUACGAUGCUGCCAAACGGGGACCUGGCGGUGCCUGGGCUGCUAAAGUGAUCAGUGACACCAGGGAAGGUAUUCAGAGAUUAACGGGCCAUGGAGCAGAAGACUCGAGGGCUGACCAGUUUGCCAAUGAAUGGGGCCGGAGUGGCAAAGACCCCAACCACUUCCGGCCUGCAGGUCUGCCUAGCAAGUACUGAGCUCCCUCCUCACUCUGCCCUCAAGGAAAUCCAGCUGUGAAUUUCUGAGGGCUGGGACAUUUGCUGAACUAGUUACUUAAUUUGAUAUCCCUAGUACUUAAGCUAGAUCACAUAAAAAUGUUUAAUAAAUGUUUGUGAAGUCCAA